AUGAUCAAUCACACGCCAGCGGAGUACGCCUUCAUCCGCGCCUGCAUCUUUCUCCUGCAAACCAUUCCGCCUCUCAGCGUCAUAUAUACUGCUUAUGAUGUUCUGCUGGUCUCGAAGUCAUGGCACCUACCUACUCCACUCAGAAUCUGGCUGGAGAUGGAAACGAUAUUCUGUUUUGCCUUCCAGCUCCCGUACUUCCUCUACCUCCAGAGAGACGCAGUGCACCCGCCAAUGCGCUCAAGGGCAGAAAGAAAGGAGCUCUUCAGACGCUCCAUGACCGGGAGUAGCUCCUCCGACCUCGAGUAUGAUAUCUGUCUCUGGUUCAAAGGCGCGAAUAUUAAAGAUAUUGGGCGUGAUGGUGUCAAAAGCUGGUUGGCCUGGGCCUUCUUCGAGGGUAGGAUAGCCGACGACUCUGAAAGUGCGCAGGAGCUGGAAGAAUACACGGUGGACUUCGAAAGGCUGUUGGGGAGGAAGUUUCCCCUGGGCAUGGGCAAAGCGACACCCUCGCGCUUGACCCUGGAUCCGAUUAAGACGUGCUACAGGAGUUUGACCUGGUACUGUUGCGUUGGCUUUGUCGAUCUGCUCGCCUAUGUGCGCCUGGUCUAUAACGGCUACCAUUUCCAUCGACAACCGUUGGGCAGUUUCUUCUCACUCUUCCCAUUCCGACCGGUAGCGCUCACUGCGAAAAGGCGCUCACCAGCUAAGCACACCACGUACUGGUGUCGUCGCCACACCUCGAAGACUCGACUGCCUGUUAUCUUCGUUCACGGCAUAGGCAUUGGACUGUACCCAUACGUCAACUUCCUUCGCGAGCUCUACAAGCACGUGGAUGACGGCGAAGAUAAAGAAGGCCAAGUCGGCAUUCUCGCUAUCGAACUCAUGCCCAUCAGCUUCCGCAUCACAUACCCUGCCCUGGGAAGACAUGAAAUUUGUCGCGAGAUCGCCACGAUCCUGGAACACCACGGCUACACCAAAUGCGUUGUCGUCUCGCAUAGUUACGGCAGCAUCAUCACAUCGCACAUGCUACACGACGCUAAGGUGCGCGAGAGGAUCGACUCUGUUUUGUUCAUUGAUCCCGUCUGCUUCUUGCUACAACAUCCCGACGUGGCAUACAACUUCACGGUGCGCAAGCCCAUCCAUGCGAAUGAAUAUCAGCUUUGGUACUUCGCCUCCCUCGACCCCGGUGUGGCGCACACCCUUGGGCGACGCUUCUUCUGGUCAGAGAACGUGCUUUGGCUUGAAGACUUGAUGCCACUCGUACAAGGUGGAAUGCGGGUGAGCGUCAGUCUCAGUGGGAGAGAUCUCAUUGUGAACACGGAAGCGGUGGCCAACUACCUCAUGAGAGGCAUAGUCGCCAGCGCCAACGUUCCUCCGGACGGCGAAGAGCCCGGCCAUUCUAGUAAGGAAGCAGAUAAUGCCGACCGGAAAGCAUGGCAGGAUCGUCCCUGGACCGGCGACGGAUUGGAAGUUCUCUGGUUUGACAGCACGGACCAUGGCCAAGUUUUUGAGCAAAGGCAGAAGAGGGUGAAGUUAUUAGAGGUUGUGAAAACCUAUUGCGGUAGCCGUCAGGGGUAA